AUGAUCUUUGACAACGCCAUGUCAUUGGACCACCACUUGAGGCAGCUGGUUAGAAACCGUUUCUUCCAGCUGCACAAUUACACUAAGCUCAGACCCACGGUGUCUAAGAACAAGCUUGAAAUGAUCAUCUAUGUGUUAAUGUCCUUGCGACUGGACUACUGCAACAGCCUGUUCACUUGCCUCAACAAGAAAGAACUGGCUCAUCUUCAGGGCGUCCAAAACUCAGCUUUUAAAAUCCUGGUGCUGACCUUCCGAGCCCUGCAGAGUCAGGCUCCCAUGUAUAUCGGAGACUGGGUCAAGCCCUACGGCUCGGCCCGAAGCCGGGGGUCAUCAGAGCACAACCUGUUGAGAGUUCCCCGGACUCGUAUGCUUGUGAAAUACUGCUGCUGCAGGUGCUCAGAGGAGCAGUGUGGCCAGAGCAGAAGGAAGUGUGUGGUCGUCGUACUUCAAGAGGAACGAAACAGCUUAUUGGCUGAGAAAGAUGUCCUAGCAGACAGAGCCAACCAGCUGGACACAUUUGACGAUCCGAGCACACCCUCAGGAAGGAAACACAGCCAGCUGCAGCAACAGCUGGAGACACUGCAGGAGGAAAAUUUCAGAAACUGCUCAGACCGGGUUGUUAUGCUGGAAGCCUCCAUGGAAACCUACAAGCGUAAACUUGAGAAUCUGGGUGAUCUGAAGCGCCAGAUGAAGCUUUUGGAGGAAAACAACACGUUAUACAUGCAAAACACCGAGAGCCUGGAGAAAGAGCUCCGCAAGGCCAACGCUGCCCGUACACAACUGGAGACCUACAAGAGACAGGCUGGAGAGCUUCACAAGAAGUUGUCGGAGGAGACGAGGCGAGUAGACCAUCUGGUUUUUGAGAUGAAGAGGUUGGAGGAAAAGCAUGAAACCAUAAUUAAGGAGAAAGAGAGGAUCAUCGUUGAGAGAGACUCUUUGAAAGAAAUGAAUGAAGAGCUACGUUGCACUCAGGCUCAGCAGCACCAACUCUCCCAAGCAGGGAUGCAGCCCUCUGAGAGUGACAGCCACGACAACCUGGCAGCUGAGUUAGUGCCCAUCCAGUACAGAGAGAAAUUCAUCAACCUGCAGUACGAGAAUAAGAUGCUGAGAGUGCAGCAGAAGGAGCAUGAGCAGGAGAAGAUUGCAGCUCUGCAGGCCCAGCUGGAGGAAUCUCAUAAGUCUUGCAGUGAACUGGAUACGGAAAACAGAUUGGGUCGGGAGCAGAUCAGCGAGCUGCAGCAGCAAGUGGAGGACCUCCAGAAGGCUCUGCAGAGCCAGGCAGCCAAACCUGACGAUUCAAACUUGAAGCGGAAGCUUGACGCACACAUGGUUCAGCUGAACGAAGCUCAGGAUGAAAUCAUGAAGAAGAAAGAGCUCCUCGAGGACCUUCAGCCUGACAACACUCAAACCUCUUUGAAGGUGGACGAGCUGAUGGCUGCUCUCAAGAAGAAAGACGAUGACAUGCGGGCCAUGGAGGAGAGAUACAAAAUGUAUCUUGAAAAAGCUCGGAAUGUGAUUAGAGCACUCGACCCCAAACUGAAUCCUGCCACUGCAGAGAUUCAGGCGCUGAGGAUCCAGCUCGCGGACCGAGACGCACAGAUCCUCAAUCUGGAGCGCCAGUGUGAGCAAGCCAGGCUCCGAGAGUCUGAGGAGAAACUCAUUGUUACAGCAUGGUACAACAAGAGCCUGAGCUUCCAGAAAUUGGCCAUGGAGUCGCGUCUCGGGGGCUGUGCCGCCUCCACUUCAUUCCUGUCGCAGCAGCAUCGGGUGUCCAACGCCGCACGCCAAGCGCUCCCCACCACGUGCCUAACACCUCUACCUCCAAAUAGAUCACAUGACCCCCACAUCUGAUCAACUUCUCAGCCCCUCGGAUACCUGGGCCCUCAAGUGACCUUACGCUCAUCUGCUUGCAGCUUAGUGGGAGGAAUCCAUAUGUAACGGGUUGUGGCUAUGGGUGAACGUUGCCCGCAAUCACUUCGACUGAUGAUUCUUGCCGAUGGUUCAUUCAAACUGUCGUUUGUGUAUCAUCAUAAUCAGACCUAGCGCAGGAGGUGGUGGCAGUGUCAUUGUGUGAGUGAAUGAUUAGUCAUGUAUUGUCAGGAAUUUUAAAGAUUAACUUUGUUUUUCAUGUUAAUAAAUAAUUGAAGUCCUUUCAAAAAUGAGUGAAUUUGUGACCACCUUUUAAAUACCUGGGAAUAAUUGUAAAGUUCAGCUGCUGGGGUCAAGGGUCACCACCCCAAGCAUGAGUAAAGGUCGGGAACACUGAAUGCAUUUUCUGUCCAUCUCAGGACACUUUUUUAAGCCCCAUAUUGAAAACCUUUAGAGUUUAAACUAAAACUUGUCUUGAUUAUGAUAACAGUGUUUACAUGAAUGCUUCUGUCAAUUUUCUCCACAUGGUGGACACUUUAUACCACAGCACCCUCCACAACGGACUGCAACCGCCUCAGUCUCUUCUCUACUGGUCACAGUUUUCCAAAACUAGAUUUUUGUUUUGGUUUUGAUUUCAUAGUCAGACAAUCUCUAUUUAUAAAACACUUCAUACAUUUAAAAAAGA